AACCGGUACCAUUGCAAGACACAGAUAUCCGAUCAAUCUCGCUAGGUACACAUCCAACAUCUUACCAUACCCACUGCCCACUGCGAUGCAUUCGGGGUAAAAGUCGGUUACGAGUUGCUUUCUUCCAACUGCUCCAUUUUCACGCAGCUUUUCGCCCGUUCUGUUUUACCAACAGCUGAAUUGUGACCCCACUGUUCGCGUCUAGUGUUUAUAUUCAUCGACAAAAUGCUCAAGUGUGUUAUAGUUUUCGUUUUCGUAACAGGAAUCAGCGCCCAGUUCAAGUGCCCCCAGCGGACAGGCUUCUUCCCCGAUCCAGAAGAAUGUGACCUGUACUACUUGUGUUCCCAAGGCGAGUAUGAGGAGAAACUCUGCCCGGACGGCCUGGUCUUCGACGACAAAGACCCCAAUCACGAGAGAUGCGACAUCCCCGCUAACGUGGACUGCGGUGACCGAACGGUGUUACAGGAACCAAAACCCAGUAAAGGGUGUCCAAGGGCCAAUGGUUACUACCGCCAUCCAGACGCAAAUGCUUGUGACAAGUUUUACAAUUGUGUGGAUGGAGAACCAAAUGAAUUAGCUUGCCCGCCAGGUCUCAUUUACGACGACAUAGACAGCACCUGCGCCUGGCCCAGCGACAGCAAGCGCAAGGACUGUUUCAAGUCCAAAAAGGACUCCUUGGACGACGGUUUCCAAUGCCCAGACGGCGACACCGAAGGUCCCAACGGAAGCAAACUGCCCCACCCGACAUUCGCCCAUCCCGAUGACUGUCAGAAGUUUUAUAUUUGCCGAAACGCAGUGAUGCCACAAAAAGGAUCAUGUUCUGCCGGCAAGGUUUACAACGAGGAGACCUUCACUUGUGACGACCCCGCCAAUGUGCCAGGAUGCGAGGACUAUUACGAGAAGAAGAAGAAGAACUAAUCACUAAUUGAAAUAUAUGUCACUCUUCACAGUUCAUGGGAUAUAUAUUUUGUAUUUGUACUUUCUAAUUUUUGUAUCUAUGUAGAUACCUAUAAAUUAUAGUUACUAUUUAGUACCUUCCUCUUGAAAAAUUGGAUUAUUAUCAUAUACCUAUUAUUUAUUCUAAAAAUGGUGUCAGUUAAGCAAUGAUCUAUCGAUAUGUUCCAUUUUAUACCUGCCUAUCUAAUAUUAUGAGAAGAAAUGAAAAUUUUAGAUAUAUACUUACUACAUAUUCAAGUAAUAUUAGAUACUCUAAAAAAAUGUAGGAUAAAAUGUAGCACUGCAUAGAUCACAAUAACACUGUUAUCUGUUUCUCUGUUUAGAUAAAAAUUGUAUUUCUGUGCCAUUCGGGGAUGUUUUGUAUAUAUGGUAAUUUGGUGUUAAGUUUUAAUAAAAUUUAAGAAACACUA